AUGUCAGACCUCGACAAGAAAGUUCAACCAGCGACAGAGCUAUUACCAGGCGCCGGAUAUCCUAAACAGAAGUCCAAAUACAAGUCAGUCGCCAUCAAGGCUGGGUUAGUUGCCUUUGCGUUCUUCAUAUCAGCCGCCACAUUCUCUGCUCGGGGCGCUUCUCGCGGAUCGUAUGGGGUCAACACCGACGUCUGUUCACAAGCAGCUGAACUUAUCCCCGAGAAGAAUGGAGUGAUUUGGGAGUCGUCAAACGUGCGUUACGAUACGCUGCCAUUCAAGAAGCGGGCGGUGAAGUGGCUUGGGGGAGCUAUUCGCAUUCCCACAGAAACGUACGACGAAAUGCAGCCUGUAGGAAUAGACCCCCGCUGGGAGAUAUUCCAUGUCUUUCAAGACUAUCUACUUGAAGCUUUCCCCAAAUUUCACAAGGCCCUCAAACUGACCAAAGUCAACACUUACGGACUGUUGUAUGAGUGGAAAGGCUCAGAUGCUUCUCUUAAGCCUUUACUUCUUGCCGCGCACCAAGAUGUGGUACCUGUCGAAAACGCCACACUUGGUCAAUGGCAACACGAACCAUUUUCAGGCCAUUUCGACGGUGAAUAUAUCUGGGGUCGUGGGAGCUCGGAUGAUAAGCAUGGUUUAAUCGGCAUAAUGCAACGCAGGUCUGCCAUCGAGUCUUUGUUAGAGCUAGGAUUCAAGCCCACCCGUUCCGUGAUGCUGGCUUUUGGAUUUGACGAGGAAAUCGGUGGUCUUGAUGGUGCACGAUCCCUUGCAGCAGUGCUGCUAGAGAGAUUUGGCCCGAAAUCCUUUGCGAUGCUCGUCGAUGAAGGGAUUGGUUACGGAACGCAGUACGGUCAAGUUUUCGCUCUGCCGGGAGUCACAGAGAAAGGCUUUUUGAAUAUACAGAUCGACCUCGCCUCUCCAGGCGGUCAUUCCAGUGUUCCCCCUCCGCAUACUAGUAUUGGAAUGUUGGCAAAACUCCUAGUCGAAAUUGAAGAAAAUCCGUUUGAAGCUCACCUGAUCAGGGGUUCACCAACCUACAAAACUGUCCAAUGUCUCGCCGAGCACGGUUCAGAAAUGCCUCUAGCUUGGAGAGAAGUCAUUCGGUUGUCGCAAUAUUCUGAUGAAGCGCUCCGUGAAGCUGAGAUGCUCCUCCUGCAAAACCCCAUAAUCAAGUCCCUGGCAGGCACAACGCAAGCCAUCAACUUGAUUCGGGGUGGAAUCAAGACCAAUGCCCUGCCCGAACAAGCGUGGGCUGUCGUCAACCACCGUAUAUCUAUGGAAAGCUCUCUCAACGAAACUACAAGCCGACAGACAGAUCUGCUUCGGCCUCUUGCCAGCGGCUUCAACUUGUCUUAUACUGCAUUCGGCGCCUUCCUUUCUGAACCUGAUGUCCCCGCCUAUGGGUCGCUGAACUUGAGCUAUGCCCCGGGAGCAAGCAUGGACCCUGCGCCGGUCAGCCCGACUGAUGGGGGUGCCGCGCCGUACGAUCUUCUAUCUGGUACGAUCAAGGCGGCGUACAAUUCUCACAGGGAUAUUGAGGGCGACGAUAACAUCGUGGUAAGCCCUGGCAUUAUGCCAGCCAAUACCGAUACUCGGCACUACUGGAAUCUCACCGAUCACAUCUUCCGAUACCGCCAUGUAAGGUUGGGAGGCCGUCUGCCUAACAAUCCUCACACUGUGAAUGAAGGCAUGUUGUACGCUAUUCUCAAGUCGGACAAUUUUAUUGAGAUUAUUAGAUUCUUUACAGCGUUGGUUCUCAAUGCCGAUGAGUCUGAGCUCAUUUGA